GAAAGCCACUGUGAUUGUAAAAGUUCUUGCAGUGUAAAAAGGAAAGAGAAUGGAACUCGAGGUUGUCGUUGCAAAGGGCGAAAUGUCGAAUGUUCGGAUAAAUGCCGGUGUGGUACUCGCGAUAAACCUUGCAAGAAUAGAGUAAGUAUGUCAAUAUAUUAAUUUAAACAUUAAAAUGAUAAAUCGAAAGCAUGAAUUUAACAAUUGCUUUUAUGAUUUUCGUCUAGGCAAUGACAGAAAACAUGGGAAGGGAAAGAGACAACAGGAGUGAAAAAGCUACGGAUACUCGUGCAAAACAAGGCAAAGAAAAAGGCUUUCGUCUUAGUUCUAAACCAACCGAGUCAGAGGAGACACAGAGGGAAAAGGAGCACAAAGAUGUCAAGGUAUAGCGCAUACUUGAAUUUGUUGAAUACGUUUUAAAUGAAGCCCUUUUUGCAUGUUUGGUAAACUUUGUUUACGUUUUUGGCAGGCAAAAACUACCUAGAAUGUAUUGUAUUGUAUUCUUACUCUGCUAAUGCAGCAUUGCUCUCGUUCAUGCUUAUUUGACUACCAAAAAAAGUAAACAAGGUUAACUUAUAGGGUCUGUAAUAGAGAUUUUUCAAUAUAUUGAAAUACUGUAUACAUAUACAGUUUACAGUAAGGUACUGUACAUGCAGGUACUUGGUUAUAGUGCAUUUGAAAGGAUUUAUAGUUUCACUUUGGGUUCACAAGUAAAAGUAAAUUUAUUCUCAUUGUUGAACUUAUGAACAUGAAUUUAACCUAUUCUUGGUUUUCAACUAUUCCCAGGAGAGACAAUUGAACAAAAGACAUGACAGCCAUGCUGGUCGUCUUGAUAAAAGAAACCACAGUCACUGGUGGACAUUUUGUCCAUUUGUCUCUCCUGUGAAUAGUUGA